CUUUCUUUUGUAGUCUUCACAAAGCUUAGCAUCUAAACCAAUUCCUCUCCUUAGUCACCAAGAAACCCCAUAACUCUACAUAAAACACUAACAAGCUUCUCCAUUCUCAGUUUUAACUUCCAUUUUCACCUGCAACAAAAAAAAAAACACAAAAACACAUAUCAGAUUACAGAAAUUAUUUGAGAUAUGAGUGCAGACUGGGGACCCGUGAUAGUAGCAGUGGCUCUGUUCAUCCUACUGUCACCAGGAUUGCUCUUUCAGCUACCGGCAAGGACAAGAGUGAUGGAGUUUGGGAACAUGAGCACAAGCGGGAUUUCGAUUUUGGUCCACGCCAUUAUUUACUUCUGUAUACUCACUAUCUUGAUCAUUGCCAUACAAAUCCACAUCCAUUUCUGAUCAUCUUGUAGUUUAUAUAACAAAGGCAGCUUCUUUGGUUUGAAGCUUCACCUUUCUCUAUUUAUUUUUCUUUCUUUUUGUUGCUAAAAUCUCUGAUUCUUCGCUCAUAGGGUCUCAAGCAGGGUGAUCAUAAAAGAGUUGUAUACAAAUAAAAUAAUCGGUAAUUUUGUUUUUCCACAAUUCAAUUUCAGCUCAAAUCAUACAUCAAAUGCUGAUCUCUCUUGUGGCUUCAACAUGUAACAAUGCAAUAUAAAGCAUCUUCUUUUUGCUACAAAA